GUUUACGUAAACUAAAUGUUGAUAUGACAACGUUGAAUAGCUUCUAGAACCUCCAUUUUCUUUUACGCGAGUCCAGCAGCAGUAAACUGCGUUUUUAUUGACGCGUAAUUGAAACCGUCUUUACGUCGUUCUUGUAAUUUUUUGCAGGAAAUCUCAAAGGUUUAUCACCAUGGAUGAAGAUAUUGAUGCCUUGUUGGAGGCCGCAUUUGAUAAGAAAGGGGGCGAAGCUGAGGGGAAAGUCAACGGAGACGCUGCCCACCGAGUGAAUGGAAGCGACGCCAAAGAAAAGAAAUCAGAUAAGGAGCGCGACAAAGAUAAGGACCGAGAAAAAGAUAAGGACCGCGACAAGGACAGGGAAAGGGGUAAGGAUCGUGAGAAAGACAAGGAUGGAGGAAAGGAAAAAGACAGAGACCGCCGGUCAGGCCGUAGUGAUCGACACAGAAGUCGCAGUAGAGAUCGUAAAGAUCGAGACCGCCGUAAAAGUCGCAGUCGUGACCGAGGUGGGCGUCGUUCUCGUAGUCCUCGUGAUUCGCGCCGGAGAUCUCGCAGUCCUCACCGCGAUGGGCGGAAGCGAUCACGCAGUCCGAAAGGAGGAAAAGAUCGUGAAAGGAACCGUGGUCGUCGGUCUCCAACUCCGAUUAAAAAACAAUUGACCGAAAUGACCGUUGAAGAGCGCGAUGCCCGAACUGUGUUUUGUAUGCAAUUGUCCCAGCGGAUCCGAGCCAGAGACUUGGAAGAAUUCUUCUCUGCUGUUGGCAAGGUUCGAGAUGUGAGGUUGAUUACUUGUAAUAAGACACGCCGCUUUAAAGGACUUUGCUACGUUGAGUUUGCUGAACCGGAAUCAGUUCCUUUGGCGAUCGCAUUGACAGGUCAAAGAUUGUGCGGCGUACCAAUCGUCGUUCAGCCAACUCAAGCAGAAAAGAACCGCCUGGCUGGAAGUAACAUGCCUGCUAUGAGCUCGUUUAACAAAGGUCCCAAUGGUCCCAUGCGCUUAUACGUCGGAUCUCUCCAUUUCAAUAUCACUGAAGAUAUGUUACGCAGCAUCUUCGAACCUUUCGGCAAAAUUGAACACAUGCAGCUCAUGAUUGAUACGGAAACGGGCCGCUCGAAAGGAUAUGGUUUCAUUACGUUCCGAAAUGCCGAAGAUGCUAAAAAAGCAAUGGAACAAUUAAAUGGAUUCGAACUGGCUGGCCGACCUAUGAAAAUUAACCACGUGACGGAACACUUCACUGGAAACCACACAUAUUUGGACAGUGACGAGAUGGAUCGUGCUGGCAUUGAUUUAGGAGCUACCGGUCGGCUCCAGUUGAUGGCAAAAUUAGCUCAAGGCACAGGUUUGGAGAUUCCAGCAGCUGCUCAGUCAGCGCUCAACCUGCAGGCGUCCAUUCAAGCAGCUCAACAACAAGCUUUGCCUGUUGCCUCUGUCGCUCCACCCAUUGCCACUCAAUGUUUCAUGCUCUCCAACAUGUUUGAUUCAAGUUCUGAGACGCAUCCCUUGUGGCAUCAGGAAAUUUGCGACGACGUGAUGGACGAAUGCAACAAACACGGUGGCGUACUUCACAUUUAUGUUGACAAGGCAUCGCCCCAGGGUAACGUCUAUGUCAAGUGUCCAUCCGUGACUGUAGCUGUGAACGCUGUCAAUGCUCUGCACGGACGCUGGUUUGCUGGCCGAAUCAUCACAGCAGCUUAUGUCCCUCUAAUUAACUAUCAUUCUUUGUUCCCCGACUCCAUCACGGCCACGACGCCAUUGAGAAAGUGAAGUCCAUCAAAAGCUUUAUAACUCUUGCGUCAGUCGUCUCCGUUGCCCAUCAACAGUUAUUGCGCUCGUGUACAGACCUAUUCAUUUCCAUUUUGACCCAAUAGACACUCGCAUCCCACUUGUGUCUUAGAGGAUAUCCCAUUCGCCUCAACUAUUUUUGCAUUAAAAGAUCGCCAGGGUUGAAGAGGGAAAAUUUAUUAACUGGGUUUCUCAUAUGGAUGUAAUCAGAAUUGAGUAUGCCGAUGAUUUGUCGUUCAUUAAUACACCCGACUUUUUUCUCUUUGA